CCCCAGCCGCGCAUUCCUCCAGCUCGCGGAGCUCCCUGGCUCGCCCCUCCACGCACCACUUCGAGCUCUCCUCCAAGCUGUUGCGCCCUAGACUUCUCUCCCUCCCUCCCCUUUUCCCUGCUGCGCGCGUCGGAUCCCAGCUUGUGGAGCUCCCUUCCGCUCCCAGCUUCCUCUGCCGGCGCCCAAGCUUCUAGUCCUUCAAUCCGUGUCGCGCCCCUCUCUGCUUGCCUCACCCUGCUCCCUGGUGCCAGAGCUUCCUUUGCGCGGCAUGGCCGCUGCGCCCGAGGUCGCGUGCUCCACCGUGUCGAGCUCGCCCCUGCGUGCAGCUCCCCAUCUCCAUGGCCAUCGCUGCCCCUGCUUUUCUCUCUCUCUCUCUCCUCCAUGGCCAUCGUUGCCCCUGCUUUUCUCUCUCUCUCUCCUCCAUGGCCGCGUCUUGCCGAGGACCCUGCUGCAGCUUGCUCGCCGCGUGCUGCCCUGCGCGCUCGCAGUGGGCAUUUCCCGUCGUGCCCGCGGUCUCCCCGCCCGCGACGCCCGGUGUUUUCCCCAGCUCGGAUCUUGUUAGCCGCCAUUCUCUGGAAAGUGUGUCGGUCGGCGUCGUGGAGUUUUGUUUAGUCGGCUUGUCGUCGACCUUGCCGGUUGUUAUCAUUCCUCGUCGCGUGGUGUGUGCAGCAACGUCGUUGAUUCCUCCGUGGUGCUUGUCAACGAACUUCGAUUCAUCGAUUCCUCGUCUUCGGUUCAGCUCAUGUAUGCAUGUCGAACGUGUUCGCCGCUUGACCCUAUGUCUCUAGUGUUCGUGACCUCACCGUCGUCGGAGUCCUCACUAGAUUCGUGUCCUCGCUAGAGCUCGCGCUAACCUGCUCGACCACACCUCGCCAGCUCGCUCCAGACUCGCUCUCGUCAUCGUUCCGUGCAUCAUCAAUAAAAACAAGAGUCGGGUGAAGACGAAGCUAGCAGCGUGAUAUUCACCAAGUGCUCGACACAAGGGCUAAACCAGAAUCCUUGUUGUGUUCACGGAAAACACGUCAGAUUUAGAAUGGUAUGCCAAUUCAUAUUUCUGUUAGCUUAAUUAUUGGUUUGAUGAAUAGAUUGUGUACAUAAGUAUGAAGUGGUCGUGUCACGCGAAACUCAAGUUUAAAAUAAUUAUUGUGUGAGGAGUGGUUAAGUGAAUAAUAAGUCUAGUGUCUCGCUCAUAAAACUGAUAAAUGUGGUCAUGGUUAAAUUAAAUGGUUGUUAAAAUGUAUCACGGGUUGUAUGUGUUGAUGCUCAUAAAUGUAGAGUUGACACAUCGUCUUUGUAUGAUGAAG